AUGGGGACUUGCCCGAUCAAAGUAUGGUCCAAUAUGCCAACUCUGAAGAAUCCAACUGAACCUGCAAUGCCCAUGGUGGUAUCCCUCUAUGACAUCCCCUCCCAAGGUCCCUUGGAAUCCAGCAUCCAUAUAGGGGAGAGGCUCACGGUGUUAUUGGACGAUGGGGAUUUUUGGAUGGUGCGAUCCACAACGACAGGCAAUGAGAGUUAUAUCCCCAGCAACUACACUGCCAAAGUAAUUAACAGGUGGCAGUAUUAUGGCAUCAGCAGGUUGAAGGCAGAGGAGCUGCUGCUGCUGCCACACAAUCACACAGGGGCUUUCCUGAUCCGAGAGAGUCAGACAAACACAGAAACCUACUCCCUCUCAGUCCUUGUGAAGAUGGACUCAUAUCUGGCCACAGUGAAACACUACCGCAUCUGUCGCCACCAAAACGGCUGGUUCUACAUCUCCCCCAGCCUCACCUUCUACUCCCUGGGCCAAUUGGUGGAACACUACUCUGAGUCAGCAGAUGGGUUGUGCUGUUUACUGAGGGAGCCUUGCAUCAUCCAAGGCUCAAACAAUACUACCUUGACCACCAGACCGUAUCCCAAAGCUAUCAGGAGGCCCACACUCAACUGGAAUGACGUAGACAGUUCAUUGAUCUUCAAUAAGGCCAGAGUGGAUUCAGAGGACUCUCUAGUGAGCGAAGGUCUGAGGGAGGCCAUCAGCUCAUACCUCUACAUGACAGAGGCCAGCUGCCAGAACUGUGGCAAACACUGGGAUACAUGA